AUGGCAGAGAUGGUGGCAGAGGCAGCUGAGGUGCCCACACAGUCACCCGGAGCAAUGGAAAUUGCAGCUCCUGUGUCCGGAGAGCUGGCAGAGAUGGCAGCAGCGGUGACGGAGAUGAGCCCUGGGGAGGCGCUUGCCUCCUCCCUCUUCUUCCAGCACCACCAGUUCAUGUGCUCUGAGUGUGGCAGCCUCUACAACACCCUGGAGGAAGUCCUCUCCCACCAGGAACAGCACCUGCCCACCUCGUCCGAGGAGGAGGCGCUGGCCUCCCAGGACACGGACCUGGAGCCUGAGCUAGUGCGCGGCACUGAGGGCCCUUUCCAGUGUGCUGAGUGCAGUCAGCUCAUCCUGUCGCCCAGUGAGCUUCUGGCACACCAGGAUGCCCACUUGCAGGAGUCUGCAAGCCAGAUCCAGUACCAGUGUGGAGACUGCCAGGAGCUCUUCCCCUCACCCGAGCUGUGGGUAGCUCAUCGAAAGACUCAGCACCUUCCCAGUACGGCGGAAGAGCCACCCGCGCCCCCUCCUUUGCCGCCGCCAACACCACCACCACCACCGGAAGUGCAGAUGGAGCCCUAUGAGUGUCCUGAGUGUUCCACCCUCUGUGCCACCCCUGAAGAGUUCUUGGAGCAUCAGGGCACCCACUUUGACUCCCUGGAGAAAGAAGAGCGCAAUGGCUUAGAGGAGGAGGAGGAGGAGGAGGACACAGACGAGGAGGAAGCAGCUGCAGAGCUCCCCUCUGAUGAUUUGGGAGGUGGCCAGUCCACAGCUGGUCCUGCUCAGGGCUGCGGGGAUUGCGCCCAGCACUGUGCCUCUUCGGGUGCACGCCGCCGACACCGGCGGGCAUCUCGUGACCCAGCAUCUGCCACGCUCCCCUUUCACUGCAGCCAGUGUCAGCGCAGCUUUAGCUCUGCCAACCGGCUGAUGGCUCACGGACGGGCCCACGUGGGUGGUACCCACGAGUGUCCCGCCUGCUCCAAGGUCUUCAAGAAGGCGGCCUCUCUGGAGCAGCACCAGCGGCUACACCGUGGGGAAGCCCGCUACCUCUGUGUGGACUGUGGCCGCGGCUUUGGCACCGAGCUGACGCUGGUGGCCCAUCGGCGAGCCCAUACUGCCAACCCGUUGCACCGCUGUCGCUGUGGUAAGACCUUCAGCAACAUGACCAAGUUCCUCUACCACCGGCGAACUCACGCUGGGAAAAGUGGGACCCCCAGCACGCUAGCAACGGUCUCCCCAGCUCCGGCUGAGCCCCCACCCCCACCCCCAGCCCUACCCGUCCAGCUGCCCUGUCCGCAGUGCCCCAAGUCCUUCGCCUCAGCCUCCCGGCUUUCCAGGCACCGGCGUGCAGUGCAUGGCCCCCCUGAGCGCCGGCACCGGUGCGGGGUUUGUGGCAAGGGCUUCAAGAAGUUGGUUCAUGUGCGCAACCACCUGCGGACACACACAGGCGAGAGACCCUUCCAGUGUCACUCCUGUGGCAAGACCUUUGCUUCUUUGGCCAACCUCAGCCGCCACCAGCUGACCCACACGGGCGUGCGUCCCUACCAAUGUCUGGACUGUGGCAAGCGCUUCACACAGAGCUCCAACCUGCAGCAGCACCGGCGGCUACACCUACGGCCGGUGGCCUUUGCGCGCGCCCCUCGUCUUCCCAUCACUGGUCUCUACAACAAGAGUCCCUACUAUUGCGGAACCUGCGGCCGCUGGUUCCGCGCCAUGGCUGGCCUCCGCCUUCAUCAGCGGGUCCAUGCCCGAGCCAGGGCUUUGACGCUGCAGCCUCCCAGGUCACCCUCUCCGGUCCCACCUCCGCCCCCUGAGCCUCAGCAGACUAUCAUGUGCACAGAGCUUGGGGAGACCAUCGCCAUCAUUGAGACAUCCCAGCCGCUGGCGCUGGAGGACACACUCCAGCUAUGCCAGGCAGCCCUGGGGGCCAGCGAAGCCAGUGGAUUGUUGCAGUUGGACACAGCCUUUGUGUGACAGAGUCCAAGAGCAAUGACCAGAGGGUUCCGUCACAAGAUUUGAGUGUAGACACCUCGGAGAAGAGGACCCCAGUGGUGAGCUAACCUGGCACCCACGUUUCAGGAUCCACCCGCUGGCCUCUUGUAACUGCUGACUCCUCAGAGUAAGGGUAACCCUGCUCUCCUGUGACCUUUUCUCUGCCCAGGGUGCAAGUGAAGUUCUGUGAAGUGAUGGGUUCUGUCUGAGCCCCUGCUGCUGCACUGCAUAAAGGAAGGGGUCUGCCAAGGCUCUUUGCAAAGCAUCACCCAGUGCUCAGCAACAUCAGGUAACCUUUAUGAGCACCACCCGUAUGCCAGGCCUGUGCCACAUACUCUCAUAUACCUCUUCAGAUCGUCUGCUUGUGCCCCCCCACCCCCCACUCCCCUGGACUUUGGGUGCCUGGGACUUAGCUCUGCUGAGUGCAGGAAGGCACAUGGUUUCUCUGGGCUGGCUUCUCAGUUUUGACAGUAUGGAAAGAAAUCCGUAGGUACCCCCAGUGCUCAGCUCAGACCGGGUGAUGUUGAAGAGCCAGGAAUGAACCAGACACAGCUCUAGACUCAGGCAUGUUUGGCCCAGCAGGAACAAGCCUGGAGUGCAGACAGCUUGCCUGAGUGCUGCCCGCCACUGGUUCAUUCAGCCUGUGUGUCCACGACUUCCCCCAGAUGUGCCGUGGUGCUCUGGGCCAAAGGCCAGUGAGGCCUGAGGGUUCCUGGGUUGUGAUGGGGGAGUGUAGGGACAGUGGGACCUGAGAUCAGGGAGCAAGGCUCCAUGGGAAGUGAUCAAGAGUGGGAGACUGCCAGCGGCACCAUUUCCUCACGUAAAAGUGGGGCUCUGCAGCGGAGAGAACAUUUCAGACAGGCGUCCCAUUAUAAUUGCAGUGAACAGCCAGCCCCAGAAGGACACUUAGCACUGUCCGUCAGGCCUGAGAUGGACCUGCCUAUCUUCCCUCUUGUACAAACAAGUAAGGAAACGGCAGAGAAUUGCCCCGGUCUCAGGCUGGGUAGAGGUGGUGAGGUUUGAAUGCAGUUUUUAGAUCCAUCUGUAUUGUUCUGAGUAAGACCUGAAACCCA